GGGGGCGGCGCCCGCUCCGCGCCGCCUCCGCGGGGACAAUAGCGCGGGGCCAUGUCGUCCGCCGGCGGCCGCCAGCCCAGCCAGAGCCGGGCCAUCCCCACCCGCACCGUGGCCCUCAGCGACGCGGAGCAGCUGCCCCCGGACUACUGCACCACCCCCGGCGGCACCCUCUUCUCCACCACGCCGGGAGGUACCCGCAUCAUCUACGACCGCAAGUUCCUGCUGGACCGCCGCAACUCCCCCAUGGCCCAGACCCCACCUUGUCACCUCCCCAAUAUUCCCGGUGUCACCAGCCCCAGCUCGGCCGGCGAGGAGCCCAAAGCGGACACCAACAACCUGAACCACCAGGAGGGGAAGCCAUCCAUGGGGGACGACGCUCAGUUCGAGAUGGAUAUCUGAGCGGGAACCACGGAGAGGCAGCAACUCCCCAGACCUGUGCACACCCCAUUUGGCUUAGCAGGAUCCGUCCCAGCGACGCGGAGGCGACAGCGGACCCCGCCGGUGUCCCCCUCCCUGCUCGCUUCCCCCCCUCUUUCCGGGGAGCUCAGCUCUGGCUUCUCCCACUUUGUGGGUGACUGGUCCCAGCCUGUGCCAGAUGGAGCAUCCCUUCUGGAUCCGGCCCUAUUCCUCCUUCUCCUUCUCCGCCCACUGACAGCCUGAUUUCUACCAGGCUUCUUUUUAAAACAUCCCUUUGCCUCUUCUGCUGCCUCGUGGCCCCCCCCCUCCAAAACCCCUCCUCCCGUUACCCCAAAACUUCCCAUUGCCAGCAGCUUGGCAGUCUGGAGCUGUGUCACCCCCUUUGCCCCUUCUCCUGAAAAAUUUGGGCAGCCUCUUAGGAGGAGGGGGAAAGCAUCGCUUCUAAAACCGAGUGUCUGUUUGCACCCCCAGGACCUGCUGGCAUUCAGUGGAGGACAGUGUUGGCAGCCUGUUCCCUUUGGUGCUUGUGGGGUCCAAGUUAGUCCCCAACAGCGUUGGGCAGCAUGCCCACAUCUCUCUCCUACCUGGAUUUCUUCCGUCAUGGCCCUUCAACAGGGGGCUGUGUCCCCAGCCCACCAGCCAGGACUCAAAGCAACAUAGCCAUAUGUUACAAAAAAGCCCUUGAUUUUAUUUUUUUUUGGUACUAAAAAGGGGCACUUUACCAGCAAUGCUUCUUUUUUCAGGCUGGGGACAAGCGCCUCUGGGAAAGUGCUUUCUAGUGCUUUUUUCUUUUUUUUUUAAACACCCCACACACACCCUUUAAAAUGUGAAUAAUACAGGAGCUAAAUCCCUUGGCGCCAUUGGAUGUCUCAGGAAUAACUAGGCGCCCAGGGGGCUUGCGGGCACUCACUGGUGAGACACCGCAGGGAUGCAGUGCAGUGGCCAGGGCACUCCAGUUGCAGGGUGCCAGCAUCGGUGCCAUCCUCUGCUUGCUUUUCAUGCCAGGGCUUCCCCUGGCCAGGUCGUGCUGCCAUGGAUAAAGAGUUUCCGUGCCAACGUCCCCACCGCAGGCGGCUUUGCUGGCCUGGCACACCAUGGCCAUCCUGCCUGUGCCUGGCAUCUUGAAACCCCCCAGAGAUGGGAUUUAUUUUUUUCUCUUGGUGCGACUCUUGCCUUGAAGAGCAGUGUUAGGUGAGGGCAUGCGUGGCAGGGGACACUGCGGCAGUGCCGUGCUGUGCCCCCUGAACCAGCCAGACCCGCCCUUUGUUUUUUAACUGCUUGUUGGGAGCUAUCAACAGCUUUGCAACCUUCUCAAGUGCCAUUUUAUCAGCCACCACCCGAGUGCCUGCUCCAUCCAUCUUCCCUCCCUCCCCGGGGUUGUCUCUGCCCUGGUACUCAGCCGUGGGGACUCAUUGCCUGCUGGGACUGUGGCUCUGGUGUGUGCCAGGGAUGGGUACGUCCCACACCGGCAUUCGUGCUGCAGGCUUUGUGCACUUUCCGUCCAAUAAUUUAUUUCUCUAGGUGUGUUUGGUGUGGGUCGGCAUGGUGGCUGGUUGCGAGCUCCCAUCUUCCAGCUGCUUUUCUUGCAAGGGGGGAUGCCGCUCGUUUUGGGGGAAAAAAGCAAAAAACCUAAGGGAAUGGGAGGUCUCUUCCAUGCUUUCCCUUGCAUGGGUCACACUUGGUGGGAUGUGACAUGGACAUGUAGCCGGCCAUAAUAGGCGCACGAGUGAGUGAGUGCAAGUAGAAAUAUGUAUAUGCGUGUGGGUGGGUGGUGAUAAGACACACACAAAUAUAUAUAUUAUAUAUAAAUAAAUAUAUUUUCCUUAAAGCAAAGAUCCUAGGAGGUCUGUUAGGCCCUCGGAUCGAGGGAGCGGCAGGGGCAGGGGCAAGGACAUUCUUUGCAGAGUGGGGAUGGCCACUGUGGAUGCAGGGACCCAGCACCCUCGGCACAGCCACUCGUUUUGGGAAACCUGCUCUCCAAGCCAGAAAAAAAAUAAAAUAGAAAGUAUCUGAGGACAACUUAACUUAUGGACAGGAGCUGGAGGGAAACCACUUUUUUUUUCUAAAUGCCCCCUUUUCCAAUCGCCUUUUGUCUCCGUUCCCCAUCCCAGCGACUUUCUCCUGGUGUUUUUUUUUUAUAACUGGGCUCGGGGCUGAAGAGCAGAGAGGGAGUGCCUGGCCUCGCCGGGGCAGCUCCUCCGCUAGUCAGGGUAUAGAUUUGGGUUUUUUUACCGUCUCUUCAGGCAGGUGUUCGGGAGGAGAAAAGCUCUCGCCAGUGGUUGCUGUUACAAUGAGAUCAAUAAAGAUCUUGGUUCUAUUAAA